AUGGCCGCCACCUGCUGGGCAAUGUGUGUGUUAUACGCCGUCUUAGCCAGAUACGUGUUGGCACAUGAAGAGAAAACAGACUUUUCGAGGUCUCCCAACAUAACUGAAGGAAAUGAGGGAACGACAACGCUGCCUAAUUUAUUUCAAAAGGCUUCUUGUACAGUUUCAGCCGGUCCGGUUCAGGUUUCAGCUGAAGCAGUCAUAACAAAAUCACCGAAAGACCUAUGUAGUUCAGAUAAAGUGAACCUGGCUAUUCAAAAUAUGGAAACCAAAUUUUAUGAUGAGCUUCGGCAAAUCAAAAUACUACUACAAACAUUACAAGAAACUCAAGGACGAAAAAUUGACAGAUGUAAUUACACUGUGGCUAACAGCAAUUCAAAGCUUAUCACGGAUAAGAAAAUGGCAUCUAGUCGAAAACUUCUGCAAGCUGAAGAGUCCCACUUGAAUCGAGAUCAGGAAAUUAAUACAUUUAACAAUACCGUGCUAGGGGAUCGAGACUUAUCAUUUUUUACAUAUUUCUGGAAAUUGGAAUACAUUACAGAACACAUUCUUAAUACAACAACUUCAAUCAUUAACAGUCCCAUAUUCAGCAUUAAGGGAAAAACACUUCUAGUUCAGUGCGUAUUUCAACACUUGCACCGGGAUCUCAUUCUAUUGAAAUUGGUCUAUGCAGAUCGCAGUCGCGACAGUCACAAUAAUAUUAUGAUGGACAUGGGUGGCCUUCUAAAAAAUAUGGAAAUAACGGGAAGCCCGCUUUUUAAAUGCAAAAUUUGCAUACUUGAUCAAAGCAGAAAACAAAAAAAAGAUAUAUGCUCACAAGAAUUCAUUAACUUUGAUAUAGGUUUCUCUGUGCCAAAUAGCGCCCUAAUAGGAAGUUCAUAUAUUAAAGAUAACGUUCUUAUAAUAAAAACUAUUUUAUAUUUAUAA